AUGGAACCUCCCAAGUUCCGGGAUCAAGCGUUAGUGAUGCUUACCGUCACCAACGACACCCACGACCCUCACUUCCCUUACCGCAGCCUUACGCUCUCCGGAGACCAAGCGACAACGCCCAUCGGACGACAGAGCAGUCGAAGACGAGGGCUGGAGGCCGCCUCCAACAACUUCCUUUUUGAUUGCCCGGUCAUGUCUCGAGAUCACGCAACAAUCAAGCUCGAUAGCGACAAACAGGAGGUAUCAAUCAAGGACGCCGGUUCCCUUCAUGGGACUUUUGUGAAUUCGCUGCGACUUCGAGAUCAAGAGUCCAAGCGGCUUCUGACCGGAGAUGUUAUAACAUUUGGGGUUAACAUCGACAGGGGAGCCGAAAAGUUCCGCCCCUUUGAAGUUGAAGCCACUAUUGCGUUUGGAACCGAUGAACGGAAUAAUCUGCCGACCGUAUUUCGAGUACCCGAUGAUACCGAUGUCGAGGAGAUAAGUGGCAGCGAAGGUGAGAUUGGUACCGGAUACGCCCAGAAAGUUCUGAGAGAGAACCAAAUCCGACCAGCACCUCAGCUGCCACCACUCAGCACCCUCGAUCUUACACCCGUCGUCGAUGUCGAACACUACAAAAAUGGAGAAUCAGUUCUCCUUCCGAUCGAUCUGACCUCAAACGCAUCAGAAAUCUACGAGAUUUCGGACCCGACACCGUCCGAGAUACCUGCCACGACAUCAUUCAGUACCGAAAAUAACCCUGAUGGUGAAGAAUAUAUGGCCUGGGACGCCGAAUCCCACAGUUCGGAAAUAGAUGAAGAGUUUCCCUACGAGUCUGAAUCCGAUAGCUAUUCAUCCGAAAUCGAAUCUCCGAGGACUGAUGGAAAUGAAGAAUACAACACACAUACGCCGGAACAAGGCGCCUUCUUCAGUGAUGAGGAGCUCACUUCCGAAGAUGGCGAUGGGUUGGAAGAGCACGGUGAAACUACACUUCCAACAGACGAUAACACAACAAUAUCUGACCCAACAAUCACGGUUCCCGUGAUGUUGAUGGAUAGCAUGCCGUUGCCUGAAAUCUCGCCCCGAGAUUCGGAAGAGCUUCCCCCAAAUGCGUUGAGGAGCGUGCAUGAAGUUGAUAGGCUCACGACAGUUCCCUUAAACUUGAUGUUGACACAAGAGCAAACACAUGACAAAAUUGGAUAUUCGCAAGAUGAGAGUCUCAGUUUCGUUUCCUCGCAACAGCCCUCUGCUCCUCCAGACCUUGUAUCCCAGGGCAGCAGAGAUCAAGUCAUUGGACUCUUCGGACAAAACUCCGAAAAAGCUGAUUUCUUCAAUGCUCGAGAGGAGAAUAAGAAGAGAUUUGCCGCUGAACUGGGCCCCCAACAUGAGCAGACACCAAUGGAUGCUCCUACCCUACCCACGGCAUCAAGGGCUCCGGGAGAAAAAGAGGCUUUGAGCCUGUCAUCUAUGUUGGUUAAUGAGUGCUCUCAAGAGACUUGGGAGCAGUUUUCACCUCUGGAAGUAUCAGGACGCAAUUUCCUGAACACUCCACUCACAUCUGAUGAACCACCAGUGUCGAGCGAUCCUUGUGUGCUCGAUGACACGUCUGCUUAUACUUUCGAGAUCAGCAAGAAGGUCGAGCAAUCUCAGACAGAGCCUGUUGAGAAACAAGACGAAGAAGUAGUUGGUGACAAGAAUCCUGAGUCUCCAAACCCUCUGAAGAGGAAGGCAGCUCAGAUAUCUCAGACUACAGUGAAAGAGCUUACUGAUGAUUUCAGAGCAGCCUUGAAGGCUCAAGAAGCAGCACACUCGCCAAAACGCCUCCGGCGAGCGGCUGAAGUAGUAGGAUAUGUUGCAUUGGGUGGCAUUGCGGUCAUGUCUGCACUGAUUGUAACGGCCCCAGCGCUAUGA